AUGCCACAAAUGGGUGAUGUUAUAGCAAAUGCUUACAAAAGACCGUUAUACUUCUUCUCACUACAAAUCAGCCUUACCUUUCUUCCAUAUCACCAUCCACUAAACCGAAAUGAAGCACUUGCAAUCACUUACAUUAAUCAAAAUCAUUAUGUAGCCAUGGUAUUGAAACCUGGUGCACCUGUUCCUCCAAUUGUUAAUUGCGCAUUUUGGGGAGAUUCUGUUACUGCAGCAGAACAACUAGUUAAAACGGAAGAAGACGCGUUAAAUUACUUGGUUGGUGAUUAUCUUUCUGAAGUUACAAUAGGCUUACUUGCACGUAGCCGUAAUCAAGAUCGUAAAAGUUUAAAGGGUGCAAGCAAGCAAAGGUGGUUAUAUUUCCGAAUUUCUCACCUACGUUCUCUGACCUUUACCAUCAAAUAUAACAUUAAGGUAGUCACCAAUGCUGGAGGUUUAGACCCUUUAUCAUGUAAAUUAGCAAUUGAAGAUUUAGUUAAAGAUCUUAAUAUCGAAGAAGGCAAAGUAAUUGUUGCCGCGGUUACUGGUGAUGAUAUUAUAGACAAAGUAAAUGUGAAAUACUUAACUUUACAUAUAUUCAAGGAGAUUCCGAAGGUUCUGAUUCCAUUAAAACCAGGUGCUAAUAUUGUAGUGACUGGACGCUGUAUGGAUAGCGCGUUAGUACUAGGCCCACUAAUUUAUGAAUUUAAGUGGGAUCCUCAUGAUGAUUGGGAUUUAUUAGCUUCUGGUUCAUUAGCUGGGCAUAUUGUAGAAUGUGAGUAUCAAGCAACUGGUGGUAAUUUUACAGAUUGGAGGAAAAGUGCUUAUUCACCUGGUGGUGGAUGGUAUAAUAUGGGAUAUCCAAUUAUUGAAUGUUUCAAGAAUGGUGAAUUUUUUGUUACUAAACCCAAGAAUACUGGUGAACAAAUGUUGUAUGAAAUAUUAGAUCCCGGUGCAUAUAUUUUGCCAGAUGUAAAUUUGGAUUUUAGAAAUGUAAAAUUGAAGCAAAUAAGGUUUUGCUUACUGGUACAAAAGGUCGAGCACCAACAGAAUUUGAAAGUUUCAAGAGUUUAUUUAGAUGGAUAUAAAAUGACUGGACAAAUAAUUAUUGGUGGCAUUGAUGCGUGGAAUAAGUAUUGGGAGCUAUGGGUACGUGAGGCCAUGCCAAAACUCGUAAUACCCGCGAAGUUGUAUAUUUAUCAUGAUAAAUUAGAUGCUUUAAAGUAUUUUGGGUUGGAGCUUUCUCCCGUAAGCACAAAUCAAUUUUCAUUCAUUUUAUGUUUAAUAGAAUGUAAUGGGUCAUUUAAUCUUGAAAUUAUUAUAUGGUCGGCUACAAGCAUGGCUCCAGGAAUUACUGGAGGCGGGGCAGGACGUCCUCAUCCAUCACCAUGUCUUGUACACUUUGCACUACCACCGCCGUUACCAGAAAUCCCAAAUGAAAUUGAUUACAAAAUCGAUAAUGGACUUAUGACUAAAGUACCUUUAAUAAGAUUAGCAAACUUGGCACGCGAACCAAAUUAUUAUCCAUUUUUGAAAAAUUCAUUGACCGAAGAGGCUGUCAAAGAUUAUAUGAUCCAUUUAUGUAGAGGUAUAGUUAAGAGAUACGAAUUACCUGGUUGUAAUGGAUUUAAUUUUUGUGUUGACUAG